AGAACCCAAUAAAUGGACAUGUGAUUCUCUAACUUAUAAAAAAAGACAGUAAAAAGUGUGAGUCCUGAUGGUUUGUAUCCAGUGACAGGAACAUUUUCGACCAGAAGAAACAUUCUCUGACACACGCUGCAACACAGAUCAAAGGAUGCUUUCCUUGGCCCUCCUCUGUGCACUGGUGACAGUCUCUGUCACACAAGCUCGCCCUCACCACCCCCUGCUCUCCCCAGAGAUGGUAGACCACAUCAACAAGGCCAACACCACCUGGACUGCUGGGUUGAACUUCCAGAACGCUGACGUCAGCUUUGUGAAGGGCCUGUAUGGGACAAUACUGAAUGGACCCAAGCGGCCACAGGUGUUUCACAAUAUUGACGGCAUACGGCUUCCAGACAGCUUCGACGCACGCAAGCAGUGGCCCAAAUGCCCCACAAUCCAACAGAUCAGAGACCAGGGAAGCUGUGGGUCCUGCUGGGCCUUCGGUGCAGUUGAGGCGAUAUCGGACAGGAUUUGUAUCCACAGCAGUGCUGAGAUCUCUGUGGAGAUCUCUGCUGAAGAUCUGCUGUCCUGCUGUGACUCAUGCGGCAUGGGCUGCUUUGGUGGUUAUCCCUCUGCUGCUUGGGACUACUGGGCAAAGAACGGACUUGUGACAGGAGGCCUGUAUGGUUCCAAAGUCGGCUGCAGACCCUACACUAUCCCUUCCUGUGAGCAUCAUGUUAAUGGGACCCGUCCUCCGUGUCAGGGUGAGCAGGACACUCCCAAGUGUGUGGAGCAGUGCAUCGAUGGAUACUCGCCAUCCUAUCCCAAGGACAAACACUUUGGCAAACGUACGUACAGCAUCCCAUCUGAUCAGACACAGAUCAUGACCGAGCUGUACAAGUUCGGCCCCGUGGAGGCGGCUUUCUCUGUGUAUGCAGACUUCCUGCUGUACAAGACAGGUGUGUACCAGCAUUUGACAGGAGAAAUGCUGGGCGGUCACGCCAUCAAGAUCCUCGGCUGGGGAGUGGAAAACGGGACCCCGUACUGGCUGGCUGCAAACUCCUGGAACAGUGACUGGGGAGAUAAAGGUUAUUUCAAGAUCAAACGUGGAAAUGAUGAGUGUGGCAUCGAGUCUGAAAUGGUUGCAGGAAUGCCACAAGUCUCUAUGGGACACAUACUGGGAGUGUGUUUCCAGACAUUACGCGUUGUUCAUCUGCUCCCUGACGGCCGCACUGUAUCUGUGGGGCCGCAAACACCAGUACUGGUUUCUGGCAAGGCCUUUAGUGCGUUCCUCCAUAAGCACUGUCCUGUGGUGGCUGAGCGCUUCAGUCCGACUCCGUGGUGCUGGGGGGGCCGGCUUCAAACUCUGGUCUGUGCCCUCCUCAAGUCCAAACCCCGUGUCACUUAUCGCAAUGAGCUGAUCCGUACCAUUGAUGGGGGUCAGAUCUCUCUGGAUUGGGUUGACAAUAAGGCUAAUGCCACCUACCCAGAAUCCUCCACCCGUCCCACUGUGCUGAUCCUCCCCGGCCUGACAGGGAACAGCCAACAGUCCUAUGUGCUCCAUGCCAUCAGACAGGCCACCCUGCGGGGCUACAGAUGUGUGGUCUUCAACAACCGAGGUGUUGGAGGAGAAGAGCUAUUGACGCCCAUCACCUACUGCGCAGCCAAUACUUCCGAUCUUGAGCGUGUAGUGCAGCAUGUCAAAGGACUUUUCCCACAUGCCCCUGUGCUUGGUGCUGGUGUGUCUUUGGGAGGCAUGUUAUUGUUAAACUACCUUGGCCGUAAGCGCACAGAGUCAGGGAUGGUGGCGGGUUUAACCAUCUCUGUCCCCUGGGAUGCACAAAAGUCCUCUGAGUCAAUGGAAGAACCACUCAACUGGCUGCUCUUUAACAAAUACCUCACCAACGGCCUGUGUCGAGCUGUCACCAGGCACAGGAAGAUACUGGAGAAAGUGGUGGAUUUAGACCAUGUCUUGAAGGCAAGGACGAUCCGAGAGUUCGACGAACGCUUCACCUCUCUGCUAUUCGGUUAUAAAUCUUGCACAGAGUAUUAUCAAGAUGCCAGCCCUGACAAAAAACUCCCAAAUACAGCAGUACCCAUCUUGUGUCUCAACGCUGCUGAUGACCCUUUCUCUCCCCAACAUGCCUUCCCCCUGACCAUCGUCCAGAACCUGCCAAAUGUCGCUCUGUUGCUGACUGCCCACGGCGGACACAUCGCCUUCCUGCAGGGUCUGUUUCCCCGCGGUGAGAGCUAUAUGGAGCGUGUGUUUGGUCAGUUUGUCCAAGCUGUGUUUGAGCACCCGCGGGACAUCACCAAAGCCUGUGGCAUUAAGGAAGAAAAGCUUAGCUUUGGCCCUUAUGAUCCAUGCGGCCUUUAUAGGCUGAACGGACUGUCACCCUUUCUUGUGAUCAACACACAGCCUGCAGUCAUGGAGAAGCAACUGGAGGAGCUGAAGCAGCAGCUGGAAAAGCAAUGUCUCAUCAACCAGGAGCUGCAGAGACAAAACAAAGACCUGGAACAACGACUACAGGAGAAAGAAAAACUUUUGCAGGAUCUGCACAGUCAGUACGAUGAUCUUGGUAAGAAUCCGGUUAAACCUCCAUUUGUGUUCUGUCCGUUUCAGACUUUCCUGCUCGGAGCAGUAAUGAGAUUGAACCGGAGGUCAGGAAGAGCCGCGCGGCUGUCAUCGCCCAUGAACCGAUCCCUGAGACCCUGGAAAUUACACGCACCAGGGUGAAGAAAACUGACAGGUUGUGAGACAAAUCUGAUCAUCAAAUCCAUCCAGAAGAAUGACUUCCUGAGCCGACUCGAUGAUGAGCAAACAGCCAUGAUGGUGGACCUCUUAGUGGUAUCUGACUUCAAACCUGGGGAGGAUGUCAUCAAAGAGGGCUCUGAAGGGGACAGCAUGUACAUAGUAGCAGCUGGUGAGCUCCGAGUCACACAGGCAGGUCGGGACCUCCGCACUUUAACCACGGGUGACGUGUUCGGAGAGUUGGCCAUCCUGUAUAACUGCAAACGGACAGCAACUGUCAAAGCGAAGACAACAGUGCGCCUGUGGUGCAUGGAGCGACAGACCUACAGGACGAUCAUAACCAACAAGUCCAAGAAGAAAAGAGAGCAGCUAAUGGGCUUCUUGAAAACGUCUCGUACUUUGAAGGACCUGAAUGAUGUCCAGUUGUCCAAAAUCCUUGACUCAAUGGAAGAGGUCAAGUACCAGGACAAAGAUGUUAUAGUUCGAGAAGGAGCAGAGGGAAACACUUUCUACAUCAUUCUCAAAGGAGAGGUCCUGGUGACCAAGAACGUGAGUGGUCAUCAGAAGCAGAUUCGGCGGAUGGGAAAAGGGGAACAUUUCGGGGAACAGGCCCUUAUACGGGAAGUCUUGAGAACUGCUACCUGCACUGCUGACGGCCCUGUGACCUGCUUCUUCAUUGACAAGGAGGUCUUUGAAGAGACAAUCCCUGUAGAGCACCUGGAGCUGUUUGACGACUCAAAAGUGCUGCAGGAAGCAAAAGCAACAGAAAAGUCCAGUCACAUCUCUGCUCUGAGGUUUAAGGAUUUGGUUCCUGUGUUGUAUCAGGAGGGUCGCUUUCAUGGAGAUCCUGUCACGCUUGGAGUUGGGGGGUUCGGUCGUGUUGAGCUGAUGACCACAGUGAAUCAUGGGACAUAUUACGCCAUGAAAAAAGUCAGCAAGAAGCACAUUGUUGCCAAGAGACAGGAGGAGCACAUGCUGUUUGAGAAGAAGAUCCUUAAAGCCAUCCAGUGUGACUUCAUUGUCAGGCUUCAUGCAGCUUUUAAAGACAACCGAUACAUUUACAUGGUCAUGGAGUUCUGUGUUGGAGGAGAGAUCUGGACCAAACUCAAAGAAGUUGGGCGUUUCCAGGAGCCCGUCGCUAUGUUCUGCACUGCCUGUGUGGUGGAGGCCUAUGCCUAUCUCCACAAGAAGAACAUCAUGUACAGAGACCUGAAGCCUGAGAACCUGAUGCUGGACGUUAAGGGCUACGUCAAACUGGUGGACUUUGGCUUUGCAAAGGAGAUGGUGCGUGGUGAGAAGACAUACUCAUUUGUUGGUACUCCUGAGUACAUGGCCCCAGAGAUCAUCAAGAACCAAGGACAUGACUUUGCAGUUGACUUUUGGUCCCUCGGCAUCCUAAUCUACGAGCUGUUGGCAGGAAGCCCUCCAUUUUCAAGUUCUGAGCCUCAGAAGAUUUACGCCAAGAUUUUGGAUGGAGUGAUCAAGUAUCCAUCUUUCUUGAGUGAGGCAGCCAAGUCUAUUAUCAACAAACUGUCCAGACCCCGACCUGGUCAGAGGUUAGGAAACACCAAGAACGGGAUCAAAGAUGUCCGACAUCACAGGUGGUUCAGCAACAUGAACUGGCACAAGCUGCGAAUGGGUCAGCUUGAUGCCCCCACUGUCCGGCUCAUACGCAAGGGCCCCUGCUACAUCAACUUUGACCGUUUUGCUCUUGAUCAGACAAAGGCAGAGGAAGAGUUCUCUGGUUGGGACCGCGACUUCUGAUAUCUGUGACGUGAAAAGAUCAAAGGCCACAAAAGUUACCUACAUCAACUAAAUAUGGAGCCAAACAGCUUGACCUCUAUUUAAGCCAAAACAUGAUAAAGGUCACGUGAUGGUAGUACAAAUUGCUUCAUAUAUGGUAUAAAAAAGUCACAACCCCAUUUUAUACUAAUUGGGAUGUUAAAUUAAAUAGGAACUACAGGGAAUCAACACUUCCAAAUUAUUUAUUAAAGCCUAUCUGUGCUACCAUCUAGGUGGCGAGGAGCUGAAAGCACAAGGAGGUGUUGAUACAAGAUGUUCGAACAUUCUGUUGGCUAAUUCAUUGCAGGGAGGUCUGGUGCCUGGUGAAACGUGUCGAUGACAUCACACAGAUAACACUCUUCAAUGAUUUGAAUAAAACAACACUCUUAGUGUCCGCUGACUAAGAAAAAAAAAGGCUUGAGUCAUAUUUUAUUUGUAUGAAGGGCUAACUCAUACAAAUCCUGGCGUUUAAUUGAAACUAAUACUAUAUCUGUAUUGUAUUUCAAUGUUUAUUUUAGAUAUGUCUGUUUUAAAGAUAAAGCAUGCUUACCUGCUUAAAGCAAAGCUGUAAAAUGUUUAAAUAUUGCUAAGUUUCCUUUUUUUAAACUCUAAACUCUCCUUUUCUUAUGAAGUUUAUCUUUAUUUUUUUGGAUAAUCUGCUCGUUUUUUUUUGUAGCAAAUCAUUUUCAGGCUUCUUGAUUAUAAUUUUAAAAAGAUCAUUGCAUCCUGAUUAAUUUGUUUUAAUAACUCAAGUGUAUGAAAUAAAAUUGCUAUUUUAAUUGAA